AUGACAUUCAGCAGGAUUGUUUUCCUACAAAUCAUCCUACUUUAUCCAUUAGUUGAUGCUUUAAUCCGUUCGACAUUUCUUGAUGAUAUUCCAAAAAACGAAAUAAAAAAGUAUGAAGAAAUAAAAAAGACAGAAUUUAAACAUAAUAUAAGUAUUUUAUCAACUGAAGCUAAAGUAGCUUUAAUUUCUUCACUUUCCGUAAAGCAAAGUUUAGAAAAAAAUGUUGAAAAAGCUUUAGAUAAAUUUAAAUUAAAUAAUAAACUUGUUGAUAAAAUAAUUGAAAGAAUUGAAAGUUUGGCUAAUUUGAUAGGGGAAGAAAAUGGAGAAGCAUUUGAUGAUUUUAUUGAUAAAAUUGGAAAUAAAUUGGAAAAUUUUCAUACAUACGGGUUUAAAUUCAUCAACGAAAGUCUUGAAGAAAUAAAGAAUGAAGUUGAGGUAAUAGUUAAAUUAAUAAAAUAUGCAUGCAGAAAUAAUAUCUGA